AAGUAUACAAUAUUUGAUUUUACCAUUUAAUAAUUUAUUUUUCACUGUUUAAAUAUUUACAGCAAUUUAUAAUCAUUAUCUCUAUAAAUCAAAACAGAAAGUUAGAUUAGAAUUCAAGUGUUAAUAAUUAUUACUGUUAAGAUUAAUGAGAUCGUAUUUUUUUCACAUGAUUGUUUUUUAAAUGUAUACAAAAAAAAAUUCUUUUAUGAUUUUUUGAAAGACACACAGGCUUGGAAUCUAAAUUCAAUGCCUGCAGAAUUAAUUAAUAGUCAAAUUUUUUUCUAGUUCCCUUCAUUCCAUUGACGAACAUUAUCCCUGAUCAAAGCAUUUUAAAAACUUUUUCUACAUUAUUUAAUAUUAAAAUUUUCCUAAGCAAAGAUUUCUUUGCUUUGUGUUUACUGUUAAAAUUAAAUUUGAAAUUAUAUUAAAUCUUUAUAUAUAAUUAUUCUAUUUAUACUAAUAAUUAAGUUACACUUGUUCAAAUAUCUUUUUACUGACGAAGGUAAAUAAGUAAAUUUUCACCCAAAGAAUAAUUUAUCUUACUCUUGAAUUAAAUUUAUUCAAAUAAGGAAUUAUUAAUUUUUAUCAAUGUAUAAAUAGAACAACCAGUUAAAAAAAAAAUUCCAGUAUAGUUUUUGUAUAAUUAAAUUUCACUUACAAUUAGCUUAUUGCUUUUUACCAAAAAGAAAGACAGGAAAAUAACUUUAAUUAUUAAAAUAUCCAUAACUAUGCAGCUGCUUCAGAUUUUUGGAAUUACAAUAUUUUCUUAUUUGAUAGUUAGUGUUCAGCUUAAUGAAUUCACAAAACUUCGAACACAUCUGAAUAUGACAAAAAGUGAAUUUCAUGUUAAAUGCAAUGCUAAAAAUAAAGAUAUACUUAUAGAAUUAAAAAAUCAUUUUAAUAAUUUUAAAGAGACUCUUUAUGAACAUACAAGAGCUGCUAAAAUGGAAAUAAUAAAAGAUAAAGUAAAUUAUGGUGAUGACGAUUUGCCAGAAAAUGUAAUUCAGACACAUUGUUUUCAAAAUCAAAACAUAACCGAGGAGUUGGAAAAUAUGUUCAAUCUAGCACAAACGUGUUUAGAACCAGAAGAGUGUUUUAAUGAUUUAGAAAAGAAAAAUUAUCUUAGAAUGAUGACAGAGUCAACUUGUAGUUUCAUGACUUUUGCAAGUGUAUUUCCAUGCAGAAUUGGUGAAAAUAAUGAAACAGUCAGUUACGAGGCUCCAAUUGAAAAUUGUUUGAAAAGAUAUUUUAGAGUCCACAGUGGAAAUUAUGGAGAACCAUCAUUUUUUUCGCUACCAUUUGCCAAAUCAUAAUUUUUAGUAUUUUAAUAAAUUUAUAUUUUUGUAAAUAAAAAAAUCUUUAAUUUAUAUAA